AUGACCGCUUUGAUGGACUUUGUGCCCAUACAUGAGCACCCAUUCACACUUGAAGAAGCCAUAUUGAUGGAGAUUGAUAUUCUGGCAGCUGAAAUUGCAAGGUUGCAAAACAGUAUCAAGCAUCUUCAAUCGACACAGGAAGAGAUACAGACAUUCAUCUCGGAGGAUCCGGAGAACGACGAUGAUGGAGAAUUGUCGAAAGCUUUGAGAGAGAACGAAGAUGUCAUUGCCAGCCAGACGGAACGGAUAACGUUGAUCAAGGUUGCACUGCUGAACAAGGUCGGAGAAGGCGGAAUCAAGCAUUACGGAUUGGAGCUACCGACCAAGAGCCCGCCAACUGCGCCAGCGGAGAGCGCUGAAGCUCGAGGAAACUAUCAUCAAGAGCCUUCGCAGACUGAAGCUGAGACCACGGACAAUUUGGAGGCCGAUGGCGGCCUUUUCCUGUAA